AUGAGUAAGAGGUCGGAUAAUGUACAUGAGAAUGCUACAUGGUGGCAUAGACACUGGACACGGAAGCGAACAGCGAAUGCAUCACUUGUUGAUACAUCAUAUAACGGCUCAUCACAUAGCAGCCUAUCUCGAUCUGCAUCUCAUCAAGAACGCAAUCACAAAUUCACCUCUUCAGCAGAUUGUUCAACUUCAAGUAAUCUGCAAACAGAUGAUGGCCAACUCGUAGUCUACCAUCAAAUUCCACGCUCUGUUGGCAGUUCACCUCUGUCUACCAGUCGUCGUAUGAGAGUUUUUGGAUGCGCCUCUGCUCUUCCAACAGUCGAUUCUGAAUAUCAGUUAGCAGAACCUCCUGCUGAAGCUACUCCUGCAACUAAACCUGUAAAGAAGCAAAAACUUUGGCGCAACAUAAAAUUCACGACUUCUGUCAUCAGAUUAGGCGGAAAAACUGAGGCAACUGACGACAAUCUCUCAACUUCUGCUCCUGAACUAUGUCGUACAUCCAAGCAGAAAAACAAUGAAUCACAGAAAGAAAGUAGUACUGACGAUAAGAAGGUGGCAAAAGUGGACGAAUACGUGACAUUUCACGUCAAAAUCCGAUUGAAAGACGGCAAAAAUCUUGUUGUUCGAGAUGCAUCAGGUAGUAGUGAUCCUUACGUAAAAUUCAAAUACAAAAGUCGUACAUACUUCAAGAGUAAUACGAUUUAUAAGAACCUGAAUCCAGUAUGGGAAGAAGAGUUCUCUCAGUUGAUCGAUGAUCCAACAACACCGAUCGCAGUUGAUGUUUAUGACUAUGAUCGCUUUGCAGCUGAUGAUUAUAUGGGUGGUGGUCUUAUUGAUGUCAGUCAACUUCGACUUUUCCAGUUAGUAUUGCGCUCCAUUAUGAAAGUUACGUUACUGGAAGAGGGUAAAACUGACGAAAUGGGUGAAGUGAAUCUUGUUGUCACCGUCACACCAUUAACACAAACUGAAAAGGAGCAGUUCAUGAAAAAAUGUGUCAGGGGAAUUACUAGUGAGCAGCUGAAGCGGCCACAGAAAACAUCACAAGUCUGGUUGUCGGUGGUCAAUAUCGUACUCAUUGAAGGUCGAAAUUUGAUGUCGCCAACAAAUAUAGCCUUAGCACCUGAUCCACUCGUAAAAUUCAAACUUGGUUCGGAAAAAUACAAAAGCAAGCCAGCUUCGAGAACCCGCAACCCAAAAUGGUUGGAACAGUUCGAUUUACACUUGUAUGAUGAACCGACGCAUAUGCUCGAAAUGAUGGUUAAUGAUAAACGCAACAGCGAAUGCAUGGGAAGGUGCAGCAUCGACUUAGAUAAGUUGGAAAAAGAAUGCGCAAAUCAAUUAUUGUGCGAAUUGGAGAAUGGGAAUGGCUCAAUACAGCUUUUGGUUUCAAUCUCAGGAACAACGUCAACCGAUGCCGUUGUGGAUCUUUGUGAAUUUACUGGUAACGAUGUAAGAAACGCCAUUGUUAGCAAAUAUGUACGUAUUCUCAAAAACUUAACUACAUUCAGCAAAGACACCUUCAUUGCAGAGUUUAUUACGAACACUCCAAUGUAUUCGCGACGUUGGAUACCUCACAAUCAAAGGUCUGUGAAGGACAUUCAUUCUGUCCUUGAGAUCACCGUUUAUGAUGAAGAUCCCAAUAAAAAGGCUGGAUUUUUGGGAAAAAUUGCUAUUCCUUUGCUGAAGAUCGAAAACUGCGAAAAACGCUGGUAUGCUUUGAAGAAUCGUAAACUCGAUCAGGCGUCGAAAGGCCAAAUUGAACUGGAACUUGACGUUAUAUGGAAUCCGAUUCGUGCUGCCAUCCGCACAUUCAAUCCUCGUGAAGAGAAAUACAUGCAAUCCGAACCUAAAUUUAAGCGUCAAGUGUUCAUGCACAACUACGCAAGGUUGAAAAAUUCGUUAUUAUGUGCCAUGGAGAUUCACGACUUCGUACAAAGUUGUUUCAAUUGGGAUUCGCCAAAACGCUCAAUUAUCGCUUUCAUGGUCUACUUGGUUUCUGUAUAUUUCUUCGAGCUAUAUCAUGUUCCUUUGAUCAUCUUGGCGCUGUUCUUAAAAACAUAUCUGUACCAAUAUUACAAUCCAAGCGUUACGGAUAUGUCACAACGAGAGGCUUCUCCUCGUGAGUCUUAUGAAGAUGACGAAACCACUGAACAGAGUGAAAGGGGCUCAUCCACUCUUAAGGAUCGUUUAUAUGCAAUACAAGAUACAUUGGCAAUGGUGCAGAAUACGAUGGAUUUUAUAGCUUCUUUACUAGAACGUGUGAAAAAUACAUUCAACUUCACGCAACAAUAUCUCUCAAAUUUGGCGAUCGUUGUUCUUAUUAUUGCCACCAUUCUUUUAUACGUAGUUCCGUUACGCUGGAUUCUAAUCGUGUGGGGCAUUAACAAGUUCACGAAGAAACUGCGUAACCCAAACUUCAUCCCGAACAACGAGUUACUUGAUUUCCUUUCACGAGUGCCUUCAGAUGCUGAAAUUGUAAGUUAUAAGCAUUGUAAUACUGUAAAAUACGAUCUAUGUUCUCUCGUACCAAUCAAUGAUAACUUUCAGCGAGCUUAUGAAGAACUGAAAAUUGAUGAAAAGAUAACUACUCAAUCUUCUGUCGAAAACUCAACUGUGCAGAGAACGACUUCUCGUUGA